GGGGGCGGCGGCAGCAGCAUCGCGAGACGCGGUGCCGAGGAGGGAGCGACUCGCGGUGCUCGCGACGGCGCGUGCGAGUGAGUGAGUGAGAGGCACGGCUGGUGGAUGCUGUCGGAAUUUUGAUGGCCCAAGACGCCCCCCAGGGAGCCCCCGGGCAUCUCGCCUGGGCCUUCUGCGUGGCUGGAGGGCCCCUGAAGGAGCCCUUCCACUUCACGGCGCUGCCCGCGGCCUCGGAGCCCCGCGGGGGGCCCCACGCGGGGUCCCUGCCGGCCGAGGCACGCUCCGUGUUGCACGGCUCCGUCUCCGUGAGCAUCGCCGGGAGGACGCGGGUCGGCGCGGCCCGGCUCCUCACCGAGUUGAGGGACAGGCUGCUGCUGCUGCGGCCAGGUAGCAGCAGCAGCCUCCUCGCCUUCAUGGCCCACAGGCAGCCGGGAGGACCUGGAGCGCACCUGCGCACGGGAUUCCUGGUAUCCUGCGAUGAACACGUGGACACGUUGAUUAAAGAAAUGAGCGCGGACAGCGAUGCGGAGUGGCAGGUGUGUCGCUACGAAGCGCUGGCCGACGGCCGCGUGCGGCAGACGGUGCAGGGCGGAGGCGGCAGCGGCGGCCUCAUGGGCGGCACGGUGGUCCCCGCGGAGGCCCCGCCGCUCCACCCGGCCUUCCUGAGCGGCGACACCUACCCCGUGUUCCACCGCUACGAGGAGGCGCGAGCCGUCAUGGAGGAGUGCGUGGAGUUCCUGCCCGAGGUGGCGGAGCUGCUGAAGCUGAGUGAGGAGUGGAGGAAGGUGAGCGCGGAUCACGGCAGCGGCAUGGCCUCCUCCUCCUCCUCGUCUCGGCACCCCAUCGUGGUGCUCGAGGGUCUGGACGCAACAGGCAAAUCGACGGUGACGCGAGGUUUGCAGCGGAGCCUGGGCGCCACCCUCCUGCCUCUGCCGGCCGACCACCUCGACUCGUACCUGCCGCUCUUCGUCAACCAGCCGAACUUCAUCCGGCGAGCCUACUACUGCCUCCGCAACUACAUCCUCGACGGCCAGGCGUCCCAGGCGGUCCGCAAGGGCCCCGUGGUCCUAGACAGGUUCUGGCACAGCACGGCAGCCUACGCCGUGGCCACGGAGGACAGCGGCGGCGGCGGCGUGCCCGUGGGCGCCCUGCCUCCCGAGGGCCACCCCGUGUACCGCUGGCCGCGGGACCUGCUGGCGCCCAGCGUGGCGGUGAUGCUCACGCUGAGCCCCGCGGAGCGCCAGCGCCGGCUGCUCGGCCGCGGCGAGGACAUCACGCGGGAGGAGAGGCGCUUGCAGGAGGACGCCGCCUUCAGGGAGCGGGUGGAAGAGGCCUACCGGCGCAUGCGGGAGCCGCGCUGCAUUCCCAUCGACGCGUCCGACACCCCGGCGGGCGUCCUGCAGAAAGUCGUGGACAUCAUCCUCCAGCACCACGAGUGCCUCAAGCCCUGCUGAGCCACAGGCCGGGUGGCGGCGCAAGGCACAAGCAAAGCAAAGCCAAGCAGGCUUAGACCCACAAGCGGAUCGAGGGGUGCACGGUUCAUACGUAACAUAGUCAACGCGCGUCAAAUGUCAGCUCGGGAUCAACGCCUAAUAAACGUAACAAGAGAAUUUACAUCAACACGAAUUAGUCUUCUCUCGCCGGACGAUAUCUCGCUAUUGUCUCUGCCUUUCUUUAAGUCCUCGACAUCUCUUUUGUUUAGACAUCGGUGGGGUUCCAAACCCUAGUGGAACCGUGGAACCAGUCCA